AUGCUGCACUUGGAGUACGCCGUUCCCGAUAAAUACCAAAAGAAGACCAAGGGACUCCUGGGAUACUGGGACGGGGAUUCUGGGAACGACUUCGUGGCCUUUGAUGGGAAUGUCUUACAGAGUGAUGCAUCUGAGGAGGACAUUUUCAGCCAGUUCGGAGAAACAUGGCAAGUAACAGAAGAAGAUGGUCCAAAGAGAACAAGAUUUUUCUACGCCCCCGGCACGACCACCAGUUUGUACAAGGACAACAGCUACGUGCCGCACUACACCGACCAGGUGAUCUUCAGCAGUGCCGUACUGGAGCAGCAGGCUAACGCCAUGUGUGGAGACGACAGGGAGUGUCUGUUCGACAUUUCUGAGACCGGCGACGUUGAAGUUGGGGAGCUGUCGGUGGUGAUGAAGGAGGACUUUGAGAUUGAGAAGAUUGUCCGAGAGAUAUUCCCACCAACUCUACACGGAUCAGAGGUUGUCAACGCUACUGUCGGAGAACAGCUCCAGUUCACCGUGAGCGCCACCGACAGAAACGGCCUCGACAUGAUGUUCGAACUGGGAGCAGAGGUCCCGGAUGAUGACGUCACACUGUCCCUAGCAGAAAACGUGGCGACGUUCACCUGGCUGGUGACGUCAGAUGAGCCGUUCAACCUGCAGAUUGACGUGACGAAUUCGGAGAACGCGACCGCCCAGCUCUGGCCAACCGUCAACAUGUGUUCCUGUCUGAACGGGGGCGUCUGCAAUGGAGUGGCUUCGGAAGAACAGAACAGCGACGGAAACACAAAAUUUGUCACACUGGAGUGCACCUGCCCAGCUGGGUACACCGGGAUGAAGUGCGAAACAGACAUGGACGCAUGCGUGGAGAACUUUGACCCGUGCUUCUCUGGAGUGGUGUGCACAGACCGUCCCGCGCCAGCCGACAUCGACGGGUUCGACUGUGGAGACUGCCCGGCAGGUUUUAACGGAGAUGGCCAGAACUGCAUCGACAUCGACGAAUGCUCCACUGGAGAGGGAUCCGUUUGUCAUCACGUCUGCAUCAACAUUGUUGGCAACUUCUCCUGCGGCUGCAACGAAGGCUUCUACCUAACGGAUGACGUGGUUUCUUGUGAAGAUGUCAACGAAUGCGAUCUCCCAAACAACUGCACCCAGCUGUGUCUGAAUACCGACGGGUCAUUCAACUGUAGCUGUAAGGAUGGCUUUACGCUCGCAGCAGAUCAGCAGGACUGUGAACCAAACAACCCCUGCAGUGCUGAGAACAACCCGGGUUGUGACGAGAACUACGGCUGGUGUGUCAUGAACUCGUCUUCCGGCCUAGCGACUUGCGUGUGCAUGACAGGAUACCAGCUCAACGAUGAUGGGGUGACAUGUGAAGACAUUGACGAGUGCCUUACCGGAGACAGUCAUUGUGACCAGCUGUGUAACAACACGAUGGGCGCGUACGAGUGCUACUGUGAGGACGGAUAUGAACUAACGGACAGCCCAGUACAACCAUGCCAUGAUAUCGAUGAGUGUUUUGAGGGCCUCUUCAACUGUUCGUCUAACGAGGUGUGCGAAAACGCGGUGGGGAGCUACUCAUGCGUCUGUGAGGAAGGAACCACACUCCUUGACGGCGAAUGUGUGAGAGAGCCCCUGACUACACCACCCCGGGGCCCAACAACGGUACCGACUACAACUGACACGACGUCUGGGUCAACAAUGCCAACGGUUACAUCCCCGGUUACAGCAUCACCGGCCAGGAAAAGCACAACGGAGCAUCCAGCUGAGUUUACGGCAUCACCGUCAACCAGCACCGGCAUGACCACGGUGUCUGCUACAACUACGUCUCAGUUCUCUUCGGAAGAGGAACAGGCCUCGGAAGAGGAGUCUACAACGCAUCGUGCAGAUAUGGUCCCACUUACUACGACUGCAGAUGGCCUGACAAAGGGUACUUUCACGACGUAUAAAGUUACUUCUAGUGGAAACCAAGUAUUACGAAAAAGACUUGUUUCUCCCGUGAACUUAUAUACAUUACCAUGA